AUGUUUAAACGUUAUCUCUCUAUCUUCCUUCUCUCACUGUUCAUUCUCCACCUGUGCUAUGCAUGUAAUCCACCUAAAAUUGGUGGGUGUUAUAUUUUCCCUCCAAAUGAUGAAUGGAAUCGUGACAUUUCCAAUGAUCCAAUUGACUAUAUGAGUUCCUGUUAUAUCGCCAAAUAUUCAGGUAAUUUGAAGGCAGAUUUUAGCGGACCAUACUUUGAUGGUACACAAACCGUAAGUGCAGGAAUUCCUUAUAAUACUGUAAAGGGAAAUUCUGUUAGUAAGGUUACAAUUAAAUUUUCUGCUGAUGGCGCUCCAGAUGAAUCAGAUUUCACAUCAGCACCAAUUCCAUUGAAUAGUAAGAUUGAAGGAGGUUCUGAUAAGUAA